GUGGCCACAACCCAGCACGGGAUGCAGAGCUUCCUGACUCUGCUGAAGGAGCAUGAGGACACCUGCCCACCCCCGGCAGAGCUGGUGACCCUUGCAGGCAGGCUGUGCCGGCACUUUCAGCAUGACCUUGCCCAGGUGAAGCCUUUGGUUUCAGCCAUUCUGGACAGCCAGCUCCGCCUGCACCUCCUGGACAAUGCAGAUGUAGCCCUGGUGUGCGCCCGAGUCCUGGAUGAACAGGAGCAGCUGCAUGCGGCUUGCCGGCUCCUGGAGGGGUGCCAGGUGCCAGGAGGCAGCCAGGAGCUGGUGCAGCUCUGGAACGACAUCCACUACCGUCUGGUCAUGAGGAGGCUGGGCGUGGCGGCACUCACCCCUGUGCAGAAGUUCCGCUGCAGAAAGAGGAACCCCCCGCCCCCCUCCCUCUGCCCAGAGGGGCUGAAGACCCGGAACUUCCCCAGAGAGGUUCGAGAGAAGCUGCAGAAUUUCGCUGUGGGGGUGAGCACGAACCCCAGCAAGGCUGAGAGGGAGAACUUGGCUUUGGAGACGAGCUUGACCCCUGAGCAGGUGUACAACUGGUUUGCCAAUUACCGGCGCCGCCAAAGAGCCCUUCCCAAGCACUUGGAGCCGGCUGGGCAGGCCACAGCUGAAGACCCUGGUACAAGGGAGUGGGGUCCCGACCUCCUGCAGCCCUCAGGCAAGCCCCAUGUUGGCUCUGGGUUUGUGGACAGGCCUCAGUGGUCAGAGGAACGUGAGGAAAAGGAACUUCCACAGUAUUUUCCAGAGACCACCCAAGGACCAUGGGAACCACUGGCCCUAGCCCCAGACUUGCCUGCAGAUGAGACAGUCUCAAGGCCACUGGCUUCCAGGUCUCUGCCAGGUGGCGAGAUGUACCAGGAGGGGCCUGGCCAUGAUCCUGCUACCCUCCCCCUCUUCUGCCCUGGCCCUGGCCUCUGCCCUCUGGCUGCUGGCAGUGGCAUACUGGACCCAACUGUGGCUGCCCCUGAAUCUUGGCUGAUGUCUCUUGCACUGGCAUCCUCCAAGGAAGUUUCCUUCCAGACUGGGCAGCUUGUCCACAGUCAUGGGCUGGACUUCAUGAUGGACCCUGCAGACACCACGGUGGCCGUGUCCGUUGCCACCCUUGGAGAUCCCAGCCAUACAGGGUUUGCUGGCCCACCCAAUGGCCAUCCCCAGAGCGUGCAGCUGGAGGAGGGUCCAGGCACAAGCAGUGGACAGGCAGAGCUACAGGUGGGCAGAUUCCUGGUGACACAGCCCCCACUGCAAGCUCCUGAAUUCAUCCUCACCCAGAGCCCUCCAGAGCUGGCCCCAGCCCCAUCCACCUUCCCCAGCCCUGUGUCUGCCAUGGAGCUGAGCCAGGCCCUGCCCUCCAGCCAGGUGCAGUGUUCCGACACCCAGGCCUCUGGCGAUGCCUUCUGGGGAGCCAGGAUGCUCCUUGAGUUUUCAGGGAGCAGCCUGGGCUGAGCUGUCCUCAGGAGCCAGGCAGCACCCCAGGAGGAGUGGGUGUGGAUGGUAUGGUUGUUCAACACAAGGAGUUACAGAGCUUUAUCCCAAAUACAAAAUGGAGGCCCCCAGAGUUCCACUUGGGUCUCUGCUGAAAAGCAUUGAGAGAUUCUUUCCCACUGUCAUGUUUGAAUAGUUUGGUUGGCAAUUCCCUGUAAUAGAGAAGGCAUUUGAGAAAUGUUCAUGAGAUCAGAAGUCAAAGGUGGUUCCGUCCCACUCCGGCAGAACUGGAUCAGAGUCAGGCUCCUGUGCACUUGUAUGCAGGGAAGGCCAUUCUAGAGGGGAGUGUUCUGCUGCUGGCUGCCUUGCCAUCUGCCCAUACACAAGGCCCGACUUUUCCACCAAGUUUACUGAGUGUUCUGAGAUUUCUGUGUGUAGGGGCUUCUGCCUUGAGUACUGGGAGGCAAAUGUGUCAGGAUAGCCCACACAGGGCACAGUAGGGUGGAUUUUCCCUUCAGGUUGUAAUUCACUGUGUCUAUGACACAAAUGUUGUAGUCAAUUAAAGUUUAAUGUUUUGAAAUCCC